AAGAGAACCGAAUUGGGCACGUGUAAUUUCGCCUAUGCAGACGCGAUCCCCCCAGUACAGGAUGCCUUAUUUCAACGUUGAUCGAGGUAUAUGGUCCAGCCCUGUCCCACAUUCUUGGGUUCCCAGGACAUCGUCAAAAGUUGGGGCGGAAAAGCCCGCCCACGCCCCUACACGUCGCGCGCAGCGAAUUCACACUGAUAAACGUGCCUCAUGGCAUCUCCUACCCCAACGCCCGCAUAUGCGGAAUUCCAGAACUCAAGCCCAGAAGUCCACAUGCGAGCAGAACCACCACCGCAAGCACCGCCAGUGGUCCACAAAUAUGAGGUCGGGCCGGAUCACGACUACAACCAACCGCACUAUGCACAGGGCUACUAUGGACAGGAGAAAGGUGUAGAGGCACAACCGCCAGUGCAACAAUCGCCGCCUAAGAAGAGAUUUCUAGGCCUUUCUCGAGGAGUAAUAAUCGCUAUUGUCGUUGGUAUAAUUUUGAUCAUCGUCGGUGUUGUUGUCGGCGUGGUGCUUGGGACGAGGACCAAAAGUAGUAAUAAUGAGGGCACAAAGCUACCAGCGGAAACCGCUUCCUCAAUCGUUUCCUCCCAGACAGCACAGACAGCACGGACAGCACAAGCUACGACUAGCACACCCUCUUCUUCUUCCGCUACUACGACUUCAAGAACAUCUUCGGCCUCUAGUAGCGCAACAGCCUCCGUGACGAUACUACAGGCCAUCUAUGCAACAAACGACGUGACUGAAAAAGCCCGAAAUUCGCUGCAACAGGGAGCCAAUCUCGUUGUGGACAUGGAUGACAAGGGACCAUGGGCAGAACCAGAUCCAUGGUUUGGGACCAACAAGUGUCUCUCUAUCCUUCACCAAGCGGGCACCAGUAUUCGUACGUUCGUUGCUUGCGAAGGCGACGGCGUCUUCACUCUGGUACCUGAACGCGUGGGUCCUUUCCCCAAUGCGCAGGAGAUCACCAGACAAGGCCCGAAGGACAACAAUUUUGCGAUCGCGAGCAUAGUAUGGGGAAAGACGGAGUUAAGAGAAGGAGACUUAUACGAGAAAGUCUGGGAUUUGAAGAAAAAUAAUACGGCGGUGCCAUUCACCAACGACUUCUUUGGAAUCGAUACUCACUUUGGUAAUGGGAAGAGUGGUGUAAUCUUCUACACGCAAGACGAUUUCAAAACCUUCAGGAGCUUGAUUGGCAAGGAGGAUGGCAGUACUUCUUGGUAGUUUCAAUAUCUUUCUUUCCAGAUUGUAUUGAUAGACUUUAAAUUUUUAUUAAUUCGCUAAAACAAUCCCACAUUUCAUCCUUUUCG